AGCACAACGACAACCAUGAGCGUCAAGAUGUCUCCGUCUGAAGCCACGUCCGACUCUUCCUCCCUCUUGCCUUCUGACAGCAUAUCGCAAGCCGCCAGCUCAUUGUCAGAACCCGAUUGCCAGCAUAUGGUUAAGAGAAGGAAGCUGCGAGCUGUUUCAACAUGGGAUCACUUUCGAGAAGCCGAGGGCGAUGAGCCACACGCAAAAGGCGGGAAGAUACUGCACUACUGCAGACGUUGUCGCAACCCUCCUUGGUCAACCCACAUAUCCGGCAACGCCCGCUAUCAUCUCGAGAACGCUCAUAAUGUAGUGGUUCGAGAGGAUUCAAGAUCGCAAAGCAAACGUCAGCUGGCCAUCGAAAACGCCUUUGCAAGAACAGCGGCCAAGCAGUUACAGCAAGCCGGGGAGAAGGAGACAAACACGCUGCGCGGUGUAAUCAACGUUGAUGCCUUUCGGGAGGCUCAGAUGCUGCUAGCGGUACAUAGGCACCUCCCUCUAAACUUGUAACGUGGCCAGAGUAUCAAGCGCUUCUGUCUGCAAUAAACCCUGCGGUCGAAGAGUUCCUGACGGAUUCUGGAGGCACGGUUGCGGCGGACUUGGAUAACGCACACGCAGCGCAUCAGCAGUCGGUUAAGAGGUGGUUGGGUACUGCUCGGAGCCUCAUACAUAUUUCCAUGGAUGUAUGGUCUUCUCCCCAGCACAAGUUAUUCAUCGCUGUCCACGCGCAGUGGGUUGACGAGGCCUACGUGCCUCGCAAGGCGCUGUUGGGGCUUCCGAACCUCCGCCGCUCUCACGCCGGCGCGGCUAUGGUACCUCAUUUAAUGAACAUCAUCCGGAAAUUCACUUUAGCCCACAACAUCGGCUAUUUCACUGGCGACAAUGACACAAAGAACGACACCUGCCUCCGCCAACUCGCCCAAGAGUUAUCGCGGGAGUACGGCGUUGCAUUUGAU